AAAAAAAAAAAAAACUCAAAAAUUGAAAAACGCACGGCAAGAGAGAGAGAGAGGAGAGAGAAAGCGAGGAGAUCUGCUAGAAAGAACCAAAGGAUUUUUACACAGACAGCUCUCCUUCUCUCCGAUCAGAUCGGACAAUCCCUCCCUCCGUCCCUCCAUGUUUAUAGAUUAGGGUUUUCGUUGUACUUUAUAAAAUUUCCUUUCGAAUUUUUGAAAAUAUUCUGACCGUUACGCACCGACCGUUGAUCAUUCCCAAUUUAUUUAACUAAUCGUUUCCAAUUGCUUGGAUUCGAGUUGUACAGCAAUCUCUGGGGUUGGUUUUUGAUGAAAGCUUUUUGAGAGCUGAUGUGUCGGCGCGGUGCGAUUAGGGUUUGUAUUAGCUGAAGGAAAUGUGGAGGCGAUGAGAAUUGCGGCUUAGAAUUUAGGACUCCGAAAAUGGCCUCGGCUCAGGCGCUAAAGAAACAGGAGCAAUUGGAAGCUGGAAAGCGACGGCUAGAGGAGUUCCGUAAGAAAAAAGCGGCAGAGCGAGCGAAGAAGUCUUCCACUAGCCAAACUCAUGCUUCUGAUGUUAGCCUCCAUGAGAAACAGCCUGCAGAAACUGACCCUGUACGACUUACAGAUUCCAAUGGAGCUGGUACAUCUGAUGAACCUGGCACAAUUGUUAUGGGAUCCUCUGCUCCAGUGACUGACAUUGACAAUAAAGCAAUUGAUUUUCCCAUUAAAAAUGAAAAUUUUUUGUCAAAUGAUACAUUUGCAAGUUCUCUGUAUUCAAUGAAAGAUUAUAAUGCAUAUUCUACAGAUAGUGUGCAAAAGCAUGCAGAUAAUCAAGAAUUUCAGAGAUACGAUGUUUCAGGGUUUGCUGGAUCUAGGGAUGUUAGUUACAGACAUGAAAUGGAAGGGCCGAAUAAUGAGUUUGGAAUAUAUACUGGAGUGCAAGGUAGACUUCCUUAUGAGACAAAUGAUCAGUCUAUUUUUCUACGCCCACAAGCAAGUCAAGAUUUUGAUAAUACUGCUGCUACCCAAUCUAGUUUUCAUCGGAUGGAUGAAUCCCAGUCAACAGAUAAUAACAGUUAUUUGAUGCAAUCUAGAGUUACAAAUCAUAGUUAUUCUCACGUUUCUACUGCAAAAAUCUCACCUCAGAAUUCUGGUGGUACUCUGCCACAAGGUAACCCCAGUGAUGCCAGCAUGCUGAUCGGUACUCAUACAUCCUCAUAUUAUGAUGACUCUAUUCCGCCAGCUACUAAUCUAAGAGGGUCUGCUCCUGAAGCUUGGCAGCAUGUGAAUGGAAUUGCACAUGUAAAUGAUUCUAUGAUUUCCGAUUACGGGGAAAGAAAACUUAGUAGCUCAACUGGUUCUUUGCCUAGCGUAAACAAUUCAGCUGUGCAAGCAUGGGAAGGCACAGGUUUAAGUACUGAUUUCAGAAGCUCCUCCAAUCAUGUUCCACUAUACUCAGUCACACCUGAAACUACUAGGAGAUCUCGUCCAUCUUUUCUUGAUUCUCUUAAUGUGCCUAGAGCUUCUUCAGGGACUCUCUUUCAACGUACCGAACCUCAGGAGUCAUUUAUGUCCAGUAGUUUAAUUACAAACAGCACGGAUGUUUUAGGAUCAUCUCCUUUUCAAAAGCCAUUGGUAGAGACUGAAACUAUGGGGCCUUAUCCAAUGCUGAAAACUUCUAAUGGCCCUAGUGUCGAACACUCCAUGAAUUUUUCAGAUUAUUCUAGCAAUGAGGGAGACUUGCUGAGACCGAAUAUUAAUGAGAAUAGAAUUGAUAGAAAACAAGAGUUUUAUUCAGCUAAACAAAAUGAAGAUUUUGCUGCUUUGGAACAGCAUAUUGAAGAUUUGACACAAGAGAAAUUCUCUUUGCAACGAGCUCUCGAGGCUUCACGAGCUCUAGCGGAGUCCUUAGCUGCUGAAAAUUCCUCCAUGACAGAUAGUUACAAUCAACAGAGAGGUGUCGUCAACCAACUCAAAUCUGACAUGGAAAAUUUACAGGAGGAAAUUAAGGCCCAACUGCAGGUGGAACUUGAGUCGGUCAAAAUUGAAUAUGCAAAUGCGCAACUAGAAUGUUAUGCCGCGGAUGAACGUGCCAAGUUACUGGCCUCUGAAGUUAUUGGUUUAGAGGAGAAGGCACUCAGACUAAGAUCUAGUGAGCUAAAGCUGGGGAGGCAAUUGGAGAACACACAAGCAGAAAUAUCUUCAUAUAAAAAGAAAAUGACUAGCUUAGAGAAAGAUCGCCAGGAUUUGCAGUCAACUAUUGAUGCUCUUCAAGAAGAGAAAAAGCUGUUGCAGUCUAAGCUGCGGAAAGCUUCCACAAGUGCAAAGUCUAUUGAUAUUAGCAACAGUCCUCUUAUCAAGAGAGAUAUGUCUACCUCUACAGAAGACUUAGAUGCUUCCAUCCAUGAAACGCAUGAAGCUGCAUCUUCUCUUGAAAGUGAGGCCUCCAAUAUUUCAUUGCUGCCUGAUAAUGGGCAGUCAACUCUUGAAUUUUCAUCUGUGAAUAUUCCUUCUGAUCAGAUGAGAAUGAUUCAAAAUAUCAAUGCACUAAUUUCUGAGGUAGCAUUGGAGAAAGAGGAAUUGAUGCAAGCUUUGACAUCCGAGUCAUCUCAUUGUUCCAAGCUGAAGGAGUUGAACAAGGAGUUGUCCCGUAAACUUGAAGCUCAAACUCAAAGACUAGAGCUUUUGACUGCUCAAAGUAUGGCCAAUGAGAAUAUUCCUACUAGACAACCUGAUUCUCGUAUCAUGCAUGAGAACACACCAUAUGCAGAUGAGGGUGAUGAGGUGGUGGAAAGGGUCUUAGGAUGGAUCAUGAAGCUCUUUCCUGGAGGGCCAUCAAGACGAAGAACCAGCAAGCUUCUUUAAUAUGCAAGUCCGAAUAGCUGUUGGUAAAGUCCUUUCAGCUCUGUUUUUGUCAUCCCUCACCCGCCCACCAGCCAUUGUUUUUGGUUAUACAUCAGAGGUAGUAGUCUGUAUAUUUGAGUCAAUAUAAAGCCAUUCUUUAUAAAAGGAAAUGAGGUAUGUUUUGAGAGGCCUUCCAUUGAUUGGUAAAUUCAAUUGUCAAUUGUUUGACUGAUGACAAUAAAUAAUGUCCCUUGUUGCUAUCAUUGCUUUAUGUUUCUAUCAAAGGUUACUGGGACAUUUGUUGGAUAUGAAAUUAAAGAAAGAUGUUGGUACAGACAAAUAUGAGAGGUUGUAAUGUGCAUCGGUGGUUUUUCAGUUUAUUACUGGCCAUAUCUAUUGUAUUUGAGAUCAACAAUUUGGGGCUUAAGCCUGAGAAAUGAAACAAAUAUGAUUUUGGCAUUUCAA